AUGGCUUCAUCAUCAGAGAAAGUACCGGCUUUAUUCGGAUGCCCUUGUGUUUGGAGUCACGUUCCCCUCUACGGCGCCGCCAAGAAUCUUCCGCUUCAUCACCAUGCAUCAACCAAACCCGGCGCUCCCGGGCUCACCCGCCGACUGUCGUCCGAGAUCGUUCUUUGCAUCGUAGACGCCCUCUUUGACAUCCAUGCAAAAGAGGUGUCUCUGGGCUACGAAAAGUACUGGGAGUCUUCGUGCCUACCGUAUGAGACUGAGAAGUUCUGUCCUUUCUGCAUGCUCCCGCGCUUUGAGGUCUGGCGGGAUGUGGCGAACCUCGCCGCGACCUGCCGAGCACUCUACGAGCUCGUGACUCCAGUGCUCUAUCGGAGAGAUGCGGAGCAGAACCACUCUUCUGCACUUCUCAUCGCUGCAAAGCGAGGCAACGAGCGGGCUGUACACCUGGCGCUGGAGAACGGAGCCAAUGCGGACGAAGAUGAUCACACCAUGCCCUUGCAGUGGACUAAUGAGUGUUUCCGGUAUUGCGAGAAGUGCGAAUACCAAGUUUGGUGGAGAGAACCGCGGCAGCUUGAUCUCGGCGCUCUGCACUGGGCUGCCAUGUGCGGAAAAGAGAAGAUUUUGACACGCUUGCUGACUCUUAGGGCGGAUGUGAACAAGAGAGCGACUGUGCAUCCCGUGCUCGAUGCUGGAAACUACGGGUCUUUGAAAUACGUAGAGGACUUCUGCGACGAGUACAACGCCAAUUUCCCGGAGCGAUCAUACGAGAGCAAGAUAUCUUUCGCUACAGAUCAAGGUUAA